CAAAUGCUGCUAAAAGCAAACCAAUAUCGUUGUCAUCGUCGUUUGUUGCUGACAUUUUAGAAUUUCAAUCGCGAAUAAGCGCUGCUACAAAGCGGAACAUCGAUUGGGUUGGAGAGCUCUGUACUCUGUGUAGUACACAUAAAGAGGCAAGCGGCGAAAUAGCAGAUUACCGGUGAUUUUGAUGUAAAAGCCGUGCAAAGUUUUGAAAAUCAAUCAAACAUACACACACACACAUAUAUACAAGAAACAAAAUGCAUCGCCUUGAAAGUUUUAAAAAACUUGUGAAAAUUUUCAUUUUAGCAUUUCUAUGCAAUGAAAUGCAUUCAGGCUUCACGCAAUCGAAUGCCGCCGAACACCAUUAUCCCAGCAGCAUAAAUGGCAGCGAGGCAACGUGGGAGCAUGCGCGCUAUCAGGCCAGCAUACGCCUGGCCCUAGAGGAUUAUGUGUUUGGUGAGGGGCACAUAUGCGGCGGUGCGGUGAUCGCGCCCUCCGUUGUGCUUACCGUAGCUCAAUGUGUACACAAUUACCAGACCCAGACGUCGCGUCACCCAGCUGAAUUGAAAGUGGUCAUGGGUACAUUGAAUCGUUAUCAACGCAACGAGCAUACUUUGGUCUUUGGUGUGACACACGUUCAUCGUCCGAAAACUUUCAACGCACACACUCUGCGUGAUAAUAUAGCGAUCAUAAUGUUAGAACGUGAUAUCCCACCCACGCAUCCAACUGUGAAACCGAUUAAUCUGAGUAUAUCUGCCUACUAUGGCGCUAAAGUGGAGGAGGAGGCACCACUGGAGGAUGCUUUGCGUCGGAAUACUUAUGUGGUGACCAGCUGGUUCGUUACGGAGGAGCACGUUCCCUACACACAACUCAUGUCGCUCAACGCCACGGAGCUGAGCGAUCAACAUUGUGCACAGAAGUACGGCGCACUCUACGGACCAGAUAUGUUGUGCAUUGCCUUUGCGGCUACACAAGACAAAGAAACUGCGUGCCAACAAAGCGCAGGCGCUGCUUUAGUACAAAAUAAUCUACUCUUAGGGCUCUCCCUAGCCGAAAGCUUGGAUGGUAAAGACACUACACAAUCAGCUGCUUUUGUCGAUGUGAGUCGUCACGCCCACUGGAUUUUGGAACAAAUCGGCGAUGGCACAAAUUGUAAUAGUUCGCUGUGGGCGACGCUUUUCGUCUUGCUCUUCACUGUUUGGACGGCGAAACGCACGAAAUGGUCGAAAUUUUGGCAUUAAAUUAUGAAAAGGAAAAAAAGGAGAAAUUUAUUUUUAAAAUUUUAUUAAUUUUUUUUUUUUAUUGUAUCGAUUUUUGAAUACAAUGAGUUGUGUUAGAAAAAAAAAAUGAAUUAAGGCUGAGCUGUAUAAUGCUAUACUGUAAAUUGUAUAUAUGUAUACUUGUAAAAAAUGAAUUAGGCCUACCAUAUUUUAAGCUUGGUAAUUAGUGCAAAUGUUUUGGAAAACCUCAAAAUCCUCCAAUUUUGUAGUUUAGGAGUUUUGUUAAAAUGGCUUUAAUCUUUACCAAAUACCUUAUUGCAUUUCAGAUAGACUUAAGUAGCGAUUUAUAAAUAGUUGAAAAGAUUGUGAGAAAUAAAACAUAAAUAUGUAAGUUUGUAAUAAAUAAAAAUAUUUCUUCUA